AUGGGUCGCCGUUCGAUCAACACCACCAAGAGUGGUAAAUACAUGAACCCGACGGACCAGGCCCGCAAGGAGGCGCGCAAGAAGGAGCUGAAGAAAAAUAAAAAACAGCGACAAAUGGUUCGGGCGGCCGUGCUCAAAGGCAAAGAUCCGGCACAGCUAAUCGAAGAGAUGGAAAAGAUCGACGAGAUGGAGUUUAACGUGUAUCAACCGUCGCCGCUGAACGAGAAAGUGCUGAAGGAAAAGCGCAAGAAGCUGAAGGAAACGCUGGAUCGCGUUAUGCGUCUGUACCAGGCGGAUGAUCCGGAGCUAUGGGCGGAUUUGAAACGCAAGGAGGUUGAUUACGAAAAGCGCCGUAACAAACGCAUCCAGUACUAUGAAAGUGUGCGCCAUGCGGAACAGGUACAGGUGGACGAUAUUCCGCUGCCAUCCGCUACCGAAACACCCACUCCGCUUUCCAUCCCGCGCAUACCGAUGCCACCGAAUGUGGCACCGCCCAGUAUAGUGCCACCGUUAAGGAGUGUGCCACCACCGGCUCCGUUGCUGAAGAAACCGGUUGAAAAUCCUAUAGAACCGACCGAACCGGUGGAUGACGAUGACGGUAUACCGGGUUGUCCGCCGGGUCCUCCGCCCGAUCUGUUCGACAUGCCCGAGCUGGAUUACGAUCUGGAGAACUUCCACGCGGAAACACAGAAAAGUGUCAAGUUCUACGAUGAUGGUGACUCGAAGGACAACACGGAAGAAUCGGAUGGUGGUGAGAAGCAGGUAAAGCAACCGAAUACCGUGCAGCAGAAGAUGCUUGCCCUGUCCGGGCAAAACAUUGACGAUUUUAUGAAGGAAAUGGAAAGCGUACAAAAGAAAAAGGAACAAUCACACGACCAUGCGCCAUCCUUGUCCUCUAUCCCGACACCUUCCGCUCCACCGUUACCGAACCCGGCCCCUGCUCCCGAUGCUGCAAUGCCCAAGUUCAUGCCGAUGCCAUCGUCCAUCCCGAUGCCUGCACCUCCCGGGUCAAUGCAACCCCUAAUGAUACGGCCACCACCUCUAAGGCCACCCGGUCUCUCUGGUAUGCCAGCCGGGCUACGUAUGCCUGGACGACCCGGCAUCCCUGGAGGACCACCGCCCGGUAUGCCACCACGGAUGGGCAUUCGCAUGCCACCGGGACCACCGGCAGGACCACCACCCAAGCACAUACAGCAACAGCGCAACAUGCAACUUCAUCAGCAAGCCCAACAGCAACAGUUGCUGCAGCAGAAGGAUCCAAAAAGUGCCACCAUUUCGGCGAAACCGCAAAUUCGUAACCUCAGUGCAGACGUUACGCGCUUUGUGCCCAGUGCGCUGCGUGUGAAAAAGGACGAAGUACGCAAGGCGAAACCACCGGCAAGACCAGUGCACGAUCAGCACGAUGCGCGUACAGUUAGUGCGGACCCAUCGAAACCAACGAAAGACGACGCCUAUAUGCAGUUUAUGCGCGAGAUGGAAGAUUUGCUGUAG